CUUAUAGGAAAUCCUGAAGAUGGCCAAAGAUGAUUCCACUGUUCGCUGCUUCCAGGGCAUGCUGAUUUUUGGACAUGUGAUUGUUGGUAUGUGUGGCAUAGCCCUGACAGCAGAGUGUAUCUUCUUUGUAUCCGACCAACACAGUCUCUACCCACUGCUUGAAGCCACCAACAACGAUGACAUCUAUGGGGCAGCUUGGAUAGGCAUGUUUGUGGGCAUCUGCCUCUUCUGCUUGUCCGUUCUAGCCAUAGUAGGAAUUAUGAAAUCCAACAGGAAAAUCCUCUUGGCGUACUUCAUUAUGAUGUUCAUAGUGUAUGGUUUUGAAGUGGCAUCUUGCAUCACGGCAGCAACACAGCGAGACUUUUUCACAACCAACCUCUUCCUGAAGCAGAUGCUGGUGAGGUAUCAAAACAACAGCCCCCCAACCAAUGAUGAUGAGUGGAAAAACGCCGGUGUUACCAAGACCUGGAAUAGGUUCAUGCUCCAGGACCACUGCUGUGGUGUAAAUGGUCCAUCGGACUGGCAGAAAUACACCUCUGCCUUCCGGGUGAAGAAUAACGAUGCUGACUAUCCCUGGCCUCGGCAGUGCUGCGUCAUGAACAAGGUUAUGGAGCCUCUCAACCUGGACGCUUGCAAACUCGGAGUGCCCGGUUAUUACCACAGUCAGGGCUGCUAUGAACUGAUCUCGGGACCAAUGGAUCGGCAUGCCUGGGGAGUUGCCUGGUUUGGAUUUGCCAUCCUCUGCUGGACUUUUUGGGUUCUCCUGGGUACCAUGUUCUACUGGAGCAGAAUUGAAUAUUAAGCACACAGUGUCUCCGCCAUACCUCCUUCCCCGGGUGACUCUGGAUUUGGUGCUGGAACCCGCUGUUUCGUCACAUGCCUUCUGUGUGCUCCAUAGGGACAUAUGCUUUUCUCACUCAAAUGUCAGUUCGGGUGGAAUGGGCUUCCUUCAGACUCUCAGGCUGCUGCAAUCCUCAGCAGAAAUAUUUCUCAUCCUCGGCUGACAUUCUGCAACAUAUUUAUGUACUAUGAGACAGAA